AUGGCCUUGAACUGGGAAGCACCUCAGUUUUUUGACUCAGACAUGAGUUGUAUCCAGCAAAACCUAGAAGCAGAGCUGGUAGGAGACUUCUUUCAAUGUGUUAAUGCAGGCUAUUCCAAUCCCCACAACUUCCUUGAUCCAUGGUUUGACCCUUGUAAUCUUCUUAACCUCGAAAAUCCUGAUGUUGAUCAUCUGUAUCCAGCCCCUUCAUUCAAACCUGACAGGUUUACUGUUGAACCCUACCCCCACCCCAAACGCCGAAAAUGCGUGAAAGAUUACCACUUCCAGGAUCUUACACCUAGUUUCUCCAAUGGUUUUGUUCCGAAUCCAUGUCCUCGGACGGACUAUUUUCCUGGGGGUUUUACUACUCCGGCGCUCAACUUUCAGCAUGCUGAGGUUGUUAAUGGCAUUACCAGAAAAACUAGUGUUGAAAAUGUGGGGAAGAAAUUGGAAGAAAGACGUAUAUCGCCGCAGAGUAUCGCAGCAAGAGAUAGGAGGAGGAAGAUCACGGAGAAGACUCAAGAGCUAGGGAAGCUUGUUCCUGGUGGAAACAAGAUGAACACAGUUGAGAUGCUAACUGCUGCUUACAACUACGUCAGGUUCUUGCAGGCUCAGAUGGGCAUUCUCGAGUUCAUGGGGUCCUUUCAGGAAGUGAAGGCAGCCACAGCCACCGAACUACAUGUUGUCGCUUCUCCCAUUAUUCAGGAGAAGCUAUAUAUGGAGCAGAAGUGCUUGGUCCCAAAGGACUUUGUGGAGGUAUUGGCAAACUAUUUUGAUGCUCAAUCCACGACUUCACUCUCCUACAGAACCAAUCAGCUGCUCAAAUCUAGCGGAUGA